CAUUCGUCCUGUCGGAACAGAUUUGGCCAACGAACUUGGCAGUUGCUUGUCCAAUCGAGACAAGCUUCACAAAUUCUUUUUGAACUGGGCCUUCAAAGACACACACAAAAAGGGAGCGGCAGAUGUUCUUGUCAUAGACAGACUUGUCAUAGAGAGACUCUGAAUUGAUAGAACCGUCAUGAUGAAGCAGUCGAUUUGUGUAUUGGUGGGUUUGGCUGCAACAGGCUUUGCCUCCGCGUUUCAAGGAUCCAUUCCAUUCGAAAAUUCUCACUUGACGAGAAAAUCGAGCUCCAGUGCACGAUCCAACAGUCCCUUUUCUCGUAAAGCAUUGACACUUCCAUUGUUGUUGCCCCACGAAGAAGGGAAUGUGGUAAUGGCAGAUGAUCGUUCCUUUGUCAACGGUGGUGAUUGGCUGUCAUGCGCAUGCCGCAACCUCGAAGAGCAAGUCGCCCAGUGUUGGUCCGAUGUGGAAGAGUGGGGAGUCGAAGCAGCGACACGGCUAAAAGAAGCAUUGCCAUUUUGGAACGACCCUGAGGGAAACCUUGCAUCAUCGAUGGCCACUGGCAUUGAAACUGCAGUCACCAAAACUGCUGACAAGGCAUCAUCGUCCGCCUUAUUUCAUCUGAUGGAUCCAACUGCUUAUGAGUUGACGCAAUCUGGCUUUGUGGGUGCCAUCACUGGACUUUUGGUAGUAGCCUUCAAACUUUCCAUUGAAGCUGUGAGGAGUCUUUUCUACGAACAGGACUUUCUGGCUUCACACCACUCGUUGCUUCCUCUGAUCCCCGCCCUUGGAGGAGCCAUGGUGGGACUGCUACUGCUGUCAGGAGGGUCCUUUGCCCCUGGCUUGAAAGGGAUUGUUCAACAAGUUGACCAAGAAGAGCAACAGCAGCAUCCAGAACUCAGCAGCAGCAAAAACUCCAUUUGGGAUCAUUUGAAGGUUCAAGCAGACGCCUUGCGAAAGUCAGCGGCUGCAAUUGCCACACUCGGAACCGGUUGCAGCCUUGGACCAGAGGGUCCUUGCGUAGAGAUUGGAUUGAACGUGGCUCGUGCAUGUACUCAGCUCAACAAGCCAAUCACUCAGUCAGCUUUGGACGCUCAACCGGACGAUGAGUCGCCAGAUCAAAAUUGGAAGCCCGUGAGAGGCUGGAAUCGAAUUCUCUUGUCGAGUGGGGCUGCAGCCGGUGUUGCUGCAGGAUUCAAUGCACCAAUUGCUGGCGUAUUUUUUGCACUGGAAAUCAUGCAGAAAGCGUUUAGUUCGAUUGACAAGGACGAGCCGACCACUGCUGAAAGAACGACAACGACCGACAAACUCUCCCCCAAUCUGUCCAGUUUACUGCCCAUGACAGCACCCAACAACAUUGCCCCCAUUCUUCUCGCAUCUGUCAUAUCCGCAUUGAUAUCGCAGAACUUUCUGGGCGACCAUCUGGCACUUUGCUUUACACACAUUGAUCUAAAGACUCCUCUCCUGGAACUUCCCUUGUACCUCAUUUUGGGAGGUCUCUCGGGCGUGGUGGCGGCAGCGUUUAGCGAGUCCUCCAAAGUCAGUCAACAAUUCUUCGCUGGUGACUUUGGCCUUCCGCAAGUGCGCAGAUUCAUGUCAGAACUACCAGACGCGGCCAAGCCUGUCAUUGGAGGCUUGUUGUGUGGCUUGGUUGGUCUAGUCUUUCCGCAGAUUCUCUUUUUUGGAUACGAGGCGAUGAAUUCCUUACUCAAGAACAAUGCACUGCCAAUGAACUUGGCUUUGUCGCUGCUCGUUUCCAAAUCCGUCAUGACAGCAGUCUCCGUGGGGUCGGGGUUGGUGGGUGGCACAUUUGCACUGGCGCUAUUCUUGGGGGCAAUGCUGGGCACAGCAUUUCAAAAUGGAUCCGUGCAUCUUGCAGAUACCAUUCUGAACUGGUCCUACGCAAGUACAACAACUUGGCACUUGGAUGCAAUGACCAUGGGGGCCUUUACACCAAUGAUGCAUCAAUUGCAACAACAUGCAAUCCCGGGCGCCUUGGAGAUUGGAUCGGUGCCGGCAUACGCCAUGGUGGGGGCAGCGAGCACACUGGCAGCAUUGUUUCGUGCUCCACUCACAGCGAGCCUGCUGCUGUUUGAAGUGACACGGAACUAUGAUGCCAUUCUGCCGCUGCUGGCGAGUGCAGGGGUCGCAUCGAUUGUGGGGGAACUCUUGGAGGAGCGUUUUGCGGCGAAGCAACCGGCGGUGGAGGUAAUGACAACAUUCACACGCCCGCGAGCAUUCCGGGUGGCCCAACAUCCACUCCUAGAGGAGGAUGAUUGCUACUGGGUAGAACAAGAACCAGUACACGACUGCCCCAGAGAUGGAGUAGCACUCGAGCGCCAGUAGGCGACAAUCAAUAGACGCAGAAUAGAAAAACAAUGGAACAUGACCGGUGAUUUGUGCGAAAGAGACCGGUCGUUUUUGAAGAGACUAGAAGAUCGUACAGUAAAAUAAGUAGCUUCAUACAAAAGUACAAGAGGACGAUGGGAUUGUUUGAAUUGAUUGAGA